GUAUUCCACCUGCUUGGGUGAGCGAUCUCACGAGAGAGUGUCAUGGAAAGUCCACGACUCGAUUGAAAUAAGACAAACGACGGGAAUAGUGUUGUAUUUCAAACAAGAUUAACCUGAACUAUGGGACUCAUCAUAUGGCAGAGAAAACUCAGACCUGUCCUGCAUUUGGGCUGGAUUAUGUUGUCAUUAAUCAAGACUAUUAAAUUGUAUUUUAGCUGACACCAUAAAAUAAUUAAGUAAUAUGCAAUCCUCAAAAUAUCUGAAUUCGACAGUAUACAACAUAAAUCCUGGAGAGAUGGUCCUUCCCGAUAAGAGCUCGGGGCCCAAAACGGUAUUCGGGAAACGGCCCCAGAGUCUCCCCUCCCCGGCCCUGUGCUGCGCCUGUGGCUUGUGCAUUAUGCUGGCGGGCAUCAACAUCACCCUGGUGGGGGCCUUUGCUUUCAAGUCCUUCAUCCCCACCAGCAACCCACCCAUCAUCAUCGGGCCCCUCCUCCUACUGGUGGCCCUGGCCUUUUUUGGGGCGUGCUGUGUGUGUGGGCGGCGGCCACCAACCCACAAUGCCGGCAAGGCCAAGGGGGACGAGAGCUGGGGUCGGACGCGGAUAGGGGCCGGCGUCACAUUUGAGAUGGAGACGAGCGAGCACACGCUGCAGGACACCACUGCUGUGCAGCUCAGUCCCACCAACUCUCAGAGCUCCUCCCACAAGUCUAGUAACUCCGCCCAUGGGGAUACCCCUGCAGUAGGGGCCUGUGAGGAUGACCCCGCCCCCAGGGCCUGUGAUCUCGCCGGCUCAGAGGCCUAUGAUAUAGAUGUGAGACCUGAUGACCAGCUCUUGACCUCUGAGGACCAGGUCUUGACCUCUGAGGACCAGCUCUUGACCUCUGAGGACCAACUUUUGACCUCUGAGGACCAGGCAUUGACUGCUGAUAUUGAAGAUAAGGGGAGCAUCCAGAUGACGGCACUAUACAAGCCUUGCCCAACGUAGCAUGGCUGUCUACUGGCUAUUACAUAAACUGGUACUGUAUAUCCUGUGUGACAAUGACCUGUGCAUCACUAUAUAUUGACUUGCCUAGUUAAAUAAAGGCUAAAUAUCCCUCUUGUACUAUAAACUGGUACUAUAUAUCCCUGUGGUACUACAAACUGGUACUAUAUAUCCCUCUGCUACUAUAAACGGGUACUUUAUACUUCUUUGGUACUAUAAACUGGUACUAUAUAUCCCUCUGGUACUAUAAACAGGUACUUUACACUUCUUUGGUACUAUAAACUGGUACUAUAUACCCCUCUGGUACUAUAAACUGGUACUAUAUAUCCCUCUGGUACUAUAAACUGGUACUAUAUAUCCCUCUGGUACUAUAAACUGGUACUUAAUACUUCUCUGUAGCCACCAGAGUCUCCGGUCAACCUGGAACUUUUCAGGCUCAUUGGCAGGAAUAAACUAGGCCAUCAUAAAAGUGAUGAACGUAAAAGGUGAUGUAAUGAAUGUUUGAAAGACAAAACAAAUCAAUAAGUGCUACUUUGCCUGUUUUUAAAUUGCUGUUACAGCAGGUCCUUCAAAUGUAACCUCGUCCACAGGCAAUAUUGCUCCCGCAUAUAGGGAGCCGGAUGGAGGACGAGAUUAAUUAAUAUGUGAACGAGGUGUUGACUAGAUUAUCUCAGAUAUUAUGAGAGCAAGCUCUGUCAGUCAGUCUCAGCGUAUUGUAAGUUAAAGACUGCAUCCCAAAUGGCACCCUAUUACCUACAUAGUGCACUACUUUUGACAAGGGCCCAUAGGGUUUUGGUUAAAAGGAGUGCACUAUAAAGGAAAGAGGGUCACAUUUGAAAUGCAAACAAUUUGAGAGAAGAUGAAGAAGAGGAGAACUAAGUCUCUGAUCUGGUGUAGAUUGGUCUCCCUGUCUGGCUGUCUGGCUGAGCUCAGUCAUCAAUGUUAGAAUAAUCACUGUUAAUCUUGUUGGAUGACUCAGAUGGUUUACUCAGAUCUGGGGACUGUGGGAGGGAUGCGGGCUUCAUUUACAGCCAAACCGCCUUUAGUGAGGAUACAGCUCAUAUGAAGUGCAGUUCAUGUCCACAUGCAUCACUAUAAAUCAUCACUAUGUGUCUAAUAAAUAACUGUGUUUAUUUACUGAAAAUAACUCCGAUCCCGUUGUGACUUCAUGACGUGGGCCAAAAGCUCCAUCCCACCUGAACAGCCUGACAUUCCAGGCAUUUUGAAACAGCGUUUACACAAAAAUCUUUUUCACAAUUCCAUAGUGUUAUUUGGACCUCAUAAUGUGCAAAUAUAAUUUAACUUCACUGCCUCUUUAAAGCUAAAAAAAAGACAGUUCACCCAAUAACGUGUACAUUUAUUUUGCAACACUCGUUGACGCAACGUAACUGGUCUGGUUUGGGUGUUACCCCUGUAAGCAGUAUAUGGACAUGGGAAGACAGAAAUACGUGCUUUGGUAAGAAAGACAAUAUUUGAUUUUAUCAUUUAGGUAAACUAUGCCUUUAAGAUUUAAAAAACAUCACAGUGCUGCUGUGAUAGACCCUAUAAAAAAGGAUGUUAUUUUGAGAUAUUCAUCUUUUUUUCCUUAGCUUCUUGUUUUGUCCUGUUACCUUGAACACUGUAUACUGUAAAAGGGACAACUUAGUAUCUUCAGCAAAGUAAGGUUCCCGAAGUAAUGAAAGCUGAUGACUCAUUGACUAGCAGUCAUUCACACAGAAAUGGUGGUUGUUUCCCAAAUUGCACCCGACUCCCUACGUAGUACACUACUUUUGACCAGGGCUCUGGUCACAUGUAGUGUACUAUCUAGGGAAUAGGGUGCCAUUUGGGAUGCAAUAUGUGACUGCUGUCAUUUUCUUUGGCUCUUUGUACCGACUACAAGUGCUGCAUUUUAAUAUUAAUGUAUAGUACAACGUAAACAUAUAUAUGUCCUUUGUAUUUUAUUCUUUUUAUGCUGGGAUGAAGGAAAGAUGUUGUAAAAGAGGACUAUUGACUAUUGAAAGUAAUGUUCUGUAAUGUUUGUGCAAUGAAAGUGAUAUGUAUAAUUGCAAAAAUUAAGAACCAUUUGAUGUUUUCUUCUGAAAAAUGUACGUACAUAAAGAAAAUAAUG